CUGCUCACAUUCGUUCUUUAUCACGAUCUUUCUUCGAGCACUCGUUAUCGACACCCUUCCAAUCUACUCUGUUGUACUGGAAAAAUCUCCGGAAUUCCUUUCAGCUUCAAUUGCUUUUUGAUAUUGCUUGCAAUGGCUCCAUAUCUCCUUUCAAGAUCCGACCCCAACGAUGCGCCAGGCGUCCUUCCUAUCAGCAGAACCAUUUAUAUAGUCGGAUUCACCCUCGCUGGCUUACUUGCUGCUACUUCUAUAUUGUGGCUUGCAUUGAGGUUCUUCCGCCGCAAAUUGCAGGCAAAGCGUGCAGAAGAACGGGGUGCAGCUUUCCUCAAUGUACAAGGCGUUGUUCGAGAAAUGAACGAGCCUGUCAGCCAGUUCCUUAGUCAGUCGACGACUGUCGUUUUCCCACAAAAGGCCGUUGUCCCUGCUCAAAUAGCAAGACCUUCAAGACACGACCAUGUUCCUUCUUCUGAAGUUCCUGCAGCAUGUGCUGCUCCCUUGCCACGUCCCCGCGCACUCUCUAGUCUCAAUCCCUCGCAUUCGCGUCAAAGUCGUAGUUCGUCAGUUUCUUUGGGUAAUUUCCGUUCAUCCACUCGAUUUCCUUCUGGCUUGCGUUCCUCACAUUCCCGGGAAUCUUCACGAUCAUCGGCUUCCCAUCAAGCCCGAUCCGUUCGGCAAUUCUUCCAACCAGUGCUUCCUGAUGAACUCCCUCUUUCGCGUGUAGGAGAGCAACUCCACAUUCUGCAGUCGUUUGAUGACGGCUGGUGCCUCGUUGCGCAAAACAACUCUAUUCGCUCUCGUUCUUCAUUAUCCAUAUUCAAUCCUUCACGACUCUCUGCCAGGGUGGAGAGUAGCGGGGACAAUGUACAGCUUGGGUUUGUCCCAGCAUGGGUCUUCGUCAAGCCCACGAAGGGACUGAGCGUAGAAAGACCUAUUCGCAGCUCCAGUGCAGGGAUGCUCCAGGCUGGCUCGGACGCUCCCGAAUCGAGAGAGACUGUGAUUUCUUGGUCCAACUUUGCUUGAACCAAAGUUGAAAGCCCCGAUGGUGCAUACAUCGAUGUCUAUCGUUUUCCCUUAUUCACCCAUAUUUGGUAGCCGCGCCGGCCGUUUGAAACCAUGUCGCAUGAAACCUGCGGUGCAAGUAUGCUUCACUUAUAGUUUAUUCUUCACGAUACAACUGCAUUGUAUACCCUCAUUAGGUGUUGUAUCCAAUACAUAUACCAAUAUUUGCAUUCAGCAGGAAAACACGUCUGUGAACCUCGGGAGGCCUGGGACUAUCAGGAAAAAAGGUAUAUACAGAUGACUCAACUCCAUGAACGACGUAAUUCAUACGCGGGAGGGCCCAUCGUGAUCAAAAUUGUAACGGCGGGAGGCGCCUGACGCACUUCGGUUGAGGUCU